AUGAUAAAAUUAGGACAUAUGUUGGCACGAGAGUAAGCAAGAUUGAGAUCAGAAAUGGAAGUUGCGUCUAAAUAAAAGAAAUUUCGAAAUGCUACUGCAUCUACAUUGUAAAAAGCACACUAACAACAAGCUAUCCAAAUAUAUCGAAAACUUCCACUUUGUUAUAAAAAUCAUAAGUUAGUCCAAUAAACUCUACCAAUGUUAUCAGUUACAAUUGUUCACCAACAUCAUCCCCAAAAUAUUAUUCAUUAUCUCCUGAUCCAGAUAAAAUGAUUGGAUUAAAAAACAACUAUAAUUAGACAACAUAUAAAAAUAAACUAGAAACUGUUUAAAUGGCCCCUAAUAAACCACCUUUAAAACGAGUAAAUAAACUUAAUAAUUUGAGAAACAUCAAUAACAAUAACUUAAGUUAGCCUCAUUGUAUUAAAAAUGAGGAAUCAAAAGAAAAAUUAUUAGAAUAAACCCACUUUUUAUCAGGAAUAAUGUAAUAAUAACAUAGUGCUACUGGUAAGAUUGUUGCUAAUUUUUUAAAUGGGAAUUUAGAGAAGAAUAGUUAUGAGUCUAUAAUUUAGAUGGAAAAAUCUGCUUAAGCUUUAUAAUAAUCUGCAAAAGAAAUGUCAAAAGCUUUAUAUGCAUCUGAUGAUGAAGGAGAGUUUGAGAAUCUAUAAAAUAAAUUUAUUGAUCAAAUACGAUUUUCCAAAUAUAGAAAACCUAAUUAAGAAAAAAAUAUAGUAUUUAAAAGAAAUUAUGGUUAAAAACAUGAAAUGUUGAUAGAUUAAGUAUCUUAAUAAAGAUAAAAAUCUGAAGAAAAUUAAGAUUUUGAUGUUUUUAUUCCAAAAUCUUAGAUGGAUUAAUUUUUCAAGUAAACUUAUUAUAAUCAUAUAGAAUAAUCUAGGAUAAAAUAGAUGGUAGAAUGAAAGAAUAGACUGAAUUAUUACUAAAAGAGGAAUAAAAACUAGUAAAUGGUAUGAUAUCAAAUGUAAAGAAAUUUCGUGAAGAUUUAAGGGAGGUUAAAUAUACAAUGAGUCAUGUAAGAAAAAAUAAAAAGGCAUUGCAAUCUUAACAAUAAUAACCUUAAUCUACUUUAAGAACUUUAAAAACAAUGAAAUCAUAAUCAUCUGCUAGAUUGUAAAGUGAAAAAGUCACAUAACUGGAUGAAGAAGCUAAGGCUGAUUUAAAAUUGAGAGUUAUGAAAGCUUUAAGAAAUUUCAUGGAAAAAUUAAAAAGAUUUAAUAUUACACUUGAUGAUGUAGUGAAUAAUUAAGUUUUUCCAAGUUAAGCAUACGAAAGACCAAAUAGUGUAGAAUUCUUCAGACAAGUUAAAGCAGAUAAUAUUCGAGAGAUUGAAGGAAUGUUACGUGAUUGUAGAUUUCACGUUUAUGAUAGAGAUAAUUAAUAAAAGACUGCAUUACAUCAUGCUGUUAACAUUAAUUCUAUUGAAGCUAUGAAAUUAUUAGUUGAAAAUGGAGCUGAUCUAGAUGCAAGAGAUAUGAGUAAUAUUAUUAAAUAUUUCUAGUGGGAAGAACUCCUUUACAUAUAGCAGCAAAAAAUAAUAAUUGUGAUACUGUUAGAGUAUUAUUAGUCUAUUAGGCUAACCCUUCUAUUAAGACUGUUGCAGGUAAAACUGCUUAAGAUCUCACUGAAAUGCCAGUUAUUAAGGCUCUUGUUAAAAAUGCAAAAAAAGUAAUUUUAUAAAUAAUUCAAGUUACAUUUUAUGAUGAAUUUAUAACCAAACAACAAGAAAAAAGAUUUUUGGGUAGAAAAAGCAAUUGUUUAUUUCCAAGAAGAUGAUCCAGAGAAGAUUUUAAAAUUACAACUUUACAAAAAUCAAGCAAAAUUAUUUUUAUAAUGA